UCUCGUUUCUUGGUUCCCAAGAUUUUCCUGUUAAUCUAUCACUCUCUACGUUCCUCUUUCUCUCCCCGUUUAGGUGUGCGUCGGUUCUCUCAAACUACUGCUUUGAUUGAAGGAGUAUUACUCUUGUUCUGGAGAGAGCUUGCAACUCGUUUUGAUUUGAUUUUUGGUGGGCUUUCAAGAAAGAUUUUUGGUGGGAGAUUCAAAACUACAAAGUGAGAAAGAGAGAGAAACAACACUCAAAAUGAUUCAUCACAUUUCUCGUUUUCUGUUUCUUUUAGUACUGGUAUCUCUUUUACCACACUGCCAGUCAUGGGGUUGGUUCUCUUCUUCCACAACAACAGCCCAUCAGAAUAAUUACCCUUCAAAGACAGUGCUAGCCUCUGAAUUCUCCAUGGCGACUCUAAAUGAUAGAAAGGGAAUUAAGUUGAUUGAAAAUGCAAGAAGCAAGUUGAUCAGUUCUAAUUCGUGUUGGCAAAAUGCUUAUCGGAAUCUCUUUGCUGGGUGUUCAGAAAUUAUUGCUGAUAAAGAGAAGCAAUCUAGACUUGCUUGGCAUCUCAGUGAUUGCUUCCAAAAGGAUUCUGGAAGAACAUCUUUCCCCUCUUGUGAUACUGGUACUCCCAUGGUGAAAUGCCUCAAGAAUUUGGAUGAGUUUGCACAUAAAAUUUACCUUGAAUUCUUCCUUGAAACCAAUUCUAUCUGCCAUCAGUUACAGGCUGAUGCGUUCAAGCAAGAAACUAAGAGGCUGGUUAAUGAUUUAAAGAAGUCUGCUGAAUUAGCAGAAGACAAACUAGAAAUCAUAGAAGAUAGAUCAGAGCAACUAUUACAGAAUUCAAACCAAAUCCAUGAUUCAUUAACUUCAAUAGAUACAAAGACCCAACAAAUAGUGCAGAAGUCAAAGGAUGUUGAAGGUCAGAUUGAUGCUGUACUUGAUAAUUCAAUAGCAAUUUUUGAGCAAUCAAAAGGAAUUGCAGCUUCCCAAUCGGAAUUGCAAGAAGGACAGGAAAAAAUGAAGGAUAUAUUGGAGGGAGGGAUGGCAAUGCUUCAUGAAUCUUACCAGAGUUUGGGUAAAGAAGUGGAGAAGCUAAGAAGUGAGACUGUGGAGAUAGAGAGGGAGAUAAAUAAAGUUGGGGAUUCAAUGUCCUUGAAGAUGAAGAAUCUUCAAGACAAAGCCGAUGAUAUCGGGAAUAUUACAGGUUUAUCAUUGGAUAAGCAAAAGCAACUUCUUGAUGGACAGUCAGUAGCUCUUGAAGGCCUAGAUUUCCUUGCCAAAUUUCAAUCUCAAGCACUAGAAGAAAGCAGGGCUACACUGCAGAAACUAGCUGACUUUGGUCAAAAGCAACAAGAAGAACUUCUCCAGCACCAAGAACAACUCCAACAGGUCCAUGAUCAUCUGGUUGAAAAUUCAAGAUCAAUAUUGGCAGCUCAGGAAGCUUUUGAAUUGAAACAAGAAAGCAUGUUUAUGGCUCUGGACAAGCUCUUCAUGCUGCACAAUGCUAUCUUACUUGAAUCACGUUCAAUUAAAACUUUCUUCUUUUACUCCUUUGCUAUCUUUAUCUUUUACAUGCUCACCAGUGCAAAGCAAACUUAUUGUGUGAGGCCAAGGCUUUAUCUAGGACUGUGUAUCACAUUCUUGGUUGAACUUGCAGUAGUCAGGCUUGGGGCUGAUGACCUUGAUCAGCAAACCUGGAUUGCAUCUAAAAUAUUAAUGACUAGAUCUUUGUUCCUAUUGGUUGCUUCACUUCAGAUACUGUACUCCAUUUUCACUUAUAGGGACUAUGAAGUGUUAAAUCAUCAAAUGCUUUUGAAACUCAUGGAAAAGAUUAACAACAUUGAAAGAAACAAAUUAUUUUCCUUGGAGGACAUAGAGAGUGAUGUGAACUUAUCUUCAUGGAUUGAUACAGAAUUACCAGAAGAUGUUGAUAAUUGUGAAGACCCUGAUUAUACAUUUCCAGAAGAAGUUGGAGAGAAUUCAGUUAUGACCACUUCAAUUACAAGAAAGUAUGAUCUCCGGCCUCGCCAUCGAAGGGGCAUUUAGUUAUUUCUCUCUCUUUGGAAGAAGAUUAAGCUUUUGAGUAUUUUUUAGCUAUUAAAUAAUGAAAAACAUUAAUUAUUCUUGAUGUAUUACUUCCUUUAUGUUGUUAAUAAAAAACAGAAGAACAAUGAGGAAUUUCACUGGAA